UGGAACGCAGUUCUGUCACUGUCAGUCCAGUCAUCCAUCAAAGCAACGUGCGCAAGCAACAUUGCGAGAAUUUUCCAGUAAACUUACAAGUUAUCCCAACUCCCAGACAAGAUGGUGAGCGUCGGGCAGCAGCCCGUGUUCCGCGGCUUCGGCGGCAACGAGGAUGACGAGCCAGAGGUCACGGAGAUCGAGUCACUCUGCAUGAACUGCCACGCUAACGGUGUAACCCGGCUCCUGCUGACGCGCAUCCCGCACUACAAGAACGUGGUGGUGAUGUCGUUCUCGUGCGAGCACUGCGGCUACGAGAACAACGAGAUCCAGCCCGGCGGCGCCUACGCUGACAAGGGCGUGCUAUGGAAGCUGCGUGUAGAGACACCGGAAGACCUGAACCGGCAGGUGGUGAAGAGUGACUACACCUGUGUCCGCAUCCCCUCGCUUGAGUUUGAGAUACCUGCCAACAGCCAGAACGGAGAGGUAACAACAGUGGAAGGCAUUCUCUCCCGCGCGAUCUCCGGGCUGUCUCAGGAUCAAGAAGCUCGGCGCCUUGCGUUCCCCGCGGAGGCGGCGCAGCUGGACGACUUCCUGCAGCGGCUGGCGGCGCUGCGCGACCUGCGGGACUCCUGGACCCUCGAGCUAGAGGAUAUCACAGGUAACUGCUUCGUGGAGAACCCGGUGGCGCCGCGCCGCGACCCGCGCUGCGAGCGACGCGACUUCAGCAGGUCGCGAGCGCAAGACCUGCAGCUCGGCAUAUACAACCAGAACGACGAGACACCAGACGACAGCUCCCCCUCAGAGAACGACAACAGCGACUCGUACCCCAACAUCGGGUCGCUCCGCCUCCAGGGGGUGGACUCCGCCCCCAGCCCCGCCCCCUCGGCCCCCAGUGCGUCGGAGGGGCUGCUGUCGCCGGCGGCGGCGGACGCGAUGCCGUACGAGCGGCUGGAGGCGGACGAGGUGCUGCAGUUCCGCACCAACUGUCCCGACUGUAACGCGCCCUGUGAUACUAACAUGAAGAUGACCAACAUCCCGCACUUCAAGGAGGUAGUGAUCAUGAGCACCACGUGCGACUACUGCGGACACCGCACCAACGAGGUGAAGUCAGGCGGCGGUAUAGAGGACAGGGGCGUGAGGUUUGAGGUGCGCGUCGCCGGGAAGGAAGACUUCUCCAGAGAUAUACUCAAGUCGGAAACCUGCAGCAUGGAGGUCCCCGAGCUGGAGCUGGAGGUGGGGGGCAGAGCGCUGGGCGGGCGCUUCACGACGGCCGAGGGCAUCCUCAGCGCCACCGCCGCGCAGCUGCGAGCCUGCCCGGGCGCCGGGGAUGCACCCUCGCUCUCUACUGACAAGCUAGACAAAUUCAUCGAGAAGCUGGAGGAAGUCCUUCGAGGAGAGAGAGCCGUCACCAUCAUCCUGGACGACCCCGCCGGCAACUCGUACGUGCAGAGCCUCGCCGACGACCCCACGCAGCCCGACCCCGGUCUGAAGAUAACUCGGUACGAGCGCAACUUCGAGCAGAACGAGGAGCUCGGCCUCAACGAUAUCAACACCGACGACUACCUGCCCAGCCGCUAGUCGCGUGACGUCACGUCACGUCAUGACAGCGUGACGUUAUACUAGCGUGACGUCAUGACAGCUUCACGUCAUGCCGGCGUGACAGCGUGACGUUAUGACUGGGAGUGUUUGUGUCGAAAUUACAGCAAUUUGUAUGGUAUUUAGAUUGAUAGGUAGAGAGAUAAGGGAAGGGGUAUAAAUUAAAUGCUGCUAUAUGCUUAAAUGGUUAUACAUACUUAAAUAUUUUGUAUCAAUUAAGUAAUAUUAUUUUUAUAGCUAAUAUUGUCAAUACCUGUAUGUCGUUUGAAAUUAUAUACUCUUGCUUUCAAAAUAAAUGUGUAAAAUAUCAACGUCCUCUUCCAAUUAUAUAAAAGUUAUAUUUUACUUAAAAUUAAAUAAAGACAGGCUUACUUUCGCAUUUAUUAUAUUAAGUGAUAAAUUAAAUAAUGACGUUAACAAAUUGCUGUAAUUUUGACGCAAACCUGCCGUGAGCAAGAAUGUAACCGCAAUAACUUGUAUAAUUUGUUAAAAAAAUGGAAUAUCAAAUAAAUAAAAUGUGAUGUAUAUAAUGACAAACAAUAUUUAUUUUUUCUUUAACUUUUUAUAAAAUUGAAUGUCGUAUAAAAAUAAGGCAAAACGUUAUGUUUCUGGCCGCGUGCACACAACUGUAAUAUACAUACAGGGAUAGCGUGUGUAUGUGUGAGUGAGUGGUAUGAUGAGUGAAAACAAAAUCCCGUAAUGUAGGUCUAUGUAAAUAACCGCUGCGAGUCACACUCAUGUGUCGAGAUAAACAAAUUAAAACAACCUUAAUCACCAUUGACUUACUAUCCAUUACACGCUGCGAGUCACACUCAUGCGUCGGGAAUAAACGAAUUAAAAAAAUAGAAAAGAUUGAAAAAAUAAAUCUUAUCAACAAGCAUUUAUAUCCGAGUAGCGAGCUAUCAUGUAAUUCUUCUCGACCAUAGACAACUGUAAAUCUAGACUAGACGUUAUUGUUUUGUAAUACAAUUGUACACAAA